GAUCUACACGAGGAUUGGUGCUAUUGGCCAACCGUAGCUACUUGAGCUUCGCAACUGAAGAUAGAGGCUAGGGCUUGCUGGCUUGCUAACAAUUCGAAUAUCAAUUAAAUUAUGACCAAUAUAAGCUACUUUGAAAGCUUCAAAAGAGUGAUGGUCGAAGUCUAAAUGCGAUGAGACGAGGCGAGACCAUGAGACUGCAAGAAUGGAUCGUCAAGAAAAUGAUACAACAACUAAUGAAGAGCUAACUAGAGACUAGAAAUCUGGCCUUGAAAAUUUCGAUAGUCUUGAGUAUCUCGGCGGUAAAAAUGAGCGAUUUGCCAGAUGUCAAAUGACGUUUGCAUUCUCUCUCUUAAAUAGCGUGUGUAUAAAAGAGCCACCCCCUCUCUCCCUCCUCACUUGAGACUUAGAAGCUUGCAUCCGAAGGCAAAGAUCAGUACAAUCGUCAAAAAGGCUCAUUUGCAAAAAUAGUUGUCAGUGUCCCCAAAUUUCUCAUUCAUAGUUACAGCGAAAUGGUUGGGCCUCUAGAGGUCGUAACUUAUGCUGGAUAUCUACGUAAUCCACAAUUUAAUUGUUCAUGACUGACAGAAUAUAGGAUCUUAACCGUACAAGAUGAGAAUUUUAGGCCCCUUCAUCGCGUUUCCGCUCCUCAUGGAAUGCGGUAAAGCUCAAGAUCCAGCAAGAAUUCCCACCAACUUUCCGUUCUUCGCAAACGGGGUAUCUUCCGCGCCAUACCUUGCCAAUAUCGCAAAUAUGGAUGAAUUCCAUAAAAUUAAGGGGAACCUUACAUUCACCUCUCAAGGUCCAAUUCAUGUAUAUGUAAAUGUUGGCGCGACACAGCAGGCGCUUUUCUUAGAAGGCGUACUUUACAAUCAUGCCUAUGUUCCUGUGCCAUUGAGAACCUCGGGAAAACCGGAACGUCCACAGAUAAAGCCGGGCGAGGUCUUAGUUGAAGGAAAUACUGAGAAGUUCUGGGCCCAGGGUACCGCUUACACCAGACGGGAUAUUGUCCAAUAUGGUUGCAAUGACAACGGUACCCGAUGUGACAGCGAAGGUUUUCGCUACAGAGAGAAUGGUGACAUCUACAACAUCAACGAAGCGACAUUUAACCCAAAGGGUAAUGGCCAUGUACACGAUGGUGGAGCUCACAUGGAUCACAGCCUGGUAGAUGGCUAUACGACCCCAAUGAUCGUCGUUCCUGAGAACUACGAAUGCCUUCCUUACGGCUGCACCGAAGACCCAACUGGUGAUUGGUGUCCAAAUACUCACAAGGUUUUCCUUGGCGACGAGUCAAAUCAUGCGGGUUGCGCCUCCGAUUGCAAGAUUUACAAUACUGAUGCGGCAUGCUGCAGAGGGGCCUACAAUCACAACCAGUGCCGAGCAUCUAGCCAACACUUCUCAAAACGAUGCAAGAAUUCAUAUGCCUAUGCAUAUGAUGACAAAGUUGGUCUGCGAUUUUGCAAAGAUGUUCCUAAAGUGAUCUAUCACUUCUUCAACAUGAAAUUGGAUUGUGAUUGGGCAGUCAUCAACCCCGAUUCAAAGAAUCUAUCUGUCGAUUCAAGAGAAUGUUUGGAUAGAUUGAUUCAAGCUCCGACUAGACAAGAUGAUGUUUGUGCUUUCCUAUUUUGUUUCCCUCUAAUGUAGCUGAGCUAAAGCUAACCUUUUUCUGCGCAGUCCUUUUACGAGGGAUCUUCAGCCUAAUUUUUUCCAUACCGAUGGAACCCA